AUUGCUGGAAUUACUCUUUGUUGUCAAAGUUUUGGGAAUAAUACGAAUUUUGAUUGUGCAAAUAAAAUCAUUGCUUAUAUACAGAGAACACUUCUAAUCCAAUUUUAUUAUUUGACUAUGAAAUUACUGACACUGAAAAUCAAGAGCUCUAUAAAAGUCACUGUCAGUGUUGAUAAGAACCAUGCUUUGCAGAAUAAAAAGAACAUGAAAGGAUUCUCUAAGCCUCCUUCCUCUUCUUGCUGAGCAAAAAGUGUGAACAAGAUCUACAGCUUACUAUGUGUUGCACAUGUUACCAAAUUAAAUUUUGAAGUCAUGAAUUAGUGGGAAGGGCUGGAAUGGCAGGGCUAUACAAGCUGCCACAAACUCUAUUUCAACUGUGGAUGGAGUGUACACUUAGUGCACUCCCCCAAUAAUCCAAGCUAGGAUGCUUUGUAUUUGACUGAAUUGGACUUGUGGUGUAAAUGAUUCUGGUUAUCAUAGCUGGAUAGCUGCACAGUAACACUACAAAUUUCAGUGUACUGCAACACACUUAGGUAAAUUGAUUUCUCUAGCUAACAAUGGUCCUACAUUUCAGAAGUCCUAGUUGAUGGGGCCAAAACCGCAGUCCCAGGUGAGAAUGAAUCGAUUCCUCCACUGAUUGUUAGAGACGAGGUAUACAUGGCUGAAACUGAUGAGGAGUGUAGCAAGGAGGAAGACCAAGCUAAAUCUGGCGUCCAGAACAAGGAGGAGGAUCAAGAACGACACCAGGGUGAGAGUGAAGUAAGUGUUCCAGAAGAUUCAUCUAGGGAGGGGAAGAACACCACUGAAAGGAAAGCAUCUCUCGAAGAUGUCGCUAUGCGAAAAGAGGCAGCCGUAGAACAGGAAGUUAUCCCAGUUGUAAGUGAUGGCCACGAGGUUGUUCAGGAUGAGAGUAUUGCCCAAGAUGCAGUAAAUCAGGAAAUAAGCUCCACCCAAGAAGAAAUAGCCCUGCAAGAGAUUGCUUUCCUACAAGAGAUCACAAAAGAAGAUGGAGCAGCAAAAGAAGCGGUAAGUCAGGAAGAUAGUGUAGCCCAAGAAAUUGUUGAACAGAAGGAAGGUAUCACUCAAGAAAAAGAGGCUCAGGAAGAGAUUGUCUCUCAAGAGGAUGCUGACCAAGGAGAGCAAGGUCAGGAUGAGGGUUCUGCCAGCGAUGGAGUCUCCCGGGAGGACAGUGCUACCAAAGAACAAGUGGCUCAAGAGGAGGGAGCAGCCUCAGUAGAGCUUGCUCAGACAGAUAGUGGCACCCAAGAGAAGGAAGUUAAGGAAAUGGGUGGAAUAGAAGAGGAGUCAUCUGAUGGAGGCAUUAGUGCUAAGGAGGAGGUAGCUGAAGCAGACGGUGGUGUGCAGGAGAGUGUAGCUGAGACAGAUGAUACUACACAGGAGCAGGGAGCUGAGGCAGAUGUUGGUGUGCAGGAGGGCGUAGCUGGGACAGAUGGUAGUACACAAGAGGAGGGAGCUGAAGCAGAUGGUGGUGUGCAGGAAGGCGUAGCUGAAACAGAUGGUACUACACAGGAGGAGGGAGCUGAAGCAGAUGUUGGUGCUAAGGAGAAGGGGGUUGUGGAGUCAGAUAGUGGUGCUAAGGAUGAAGUGGUAGAGGCAGAUGGUGAUCCUCAGAUGGAGGAAGCUGGUGCUGACAUUAGUGCUAAAGAGGAGGUAGCUGGGGCAAUUAGUGGUACUCAGGAGGAGGAGGCUGAGGCAAAUAGUAGUGCUAAGGAGGAGGUGGCUGAGGCAGAUGGUGGUGGUUCGGAGAAUGUAGCGGAGGCAGAUAGUGGUGCACAGGAAGAUGUGGCUGAGGCAGACAAUAUUGCACAGGAGAAGGUAGCUGAGGAAGAUAGUGGUGUACAGGAAGAGGUAGCUGAGGCAGACAAUGUUGCACAGGAGAAGGUAGCUGAGGCAGAUAGUGGUGCACGGGAAGAGGUGGCGGAGGCAGACAAUGUUGCAAAGGAGAAAGUAGCUGAGGCAGAUAGUAGUGCACUGGAACAGUUAGCUGAGGCAGACAAUGUUGCACAGGAGAAUGUAGCUGAGGCAGAUAGUGGUGCACGGGAAGAAGUACCUGACGCAGACAAUUUUGCACAGGAGAAUGUAGCUGAGGCAGAUAGUGGUGCACAGGAAGAGGGAGCUGAGGCAGACAAUGUUGUACAGGACAAGGUAGCUGAGGCAGAUAGCGGUGCACAAGAAGAGGUGGCUGAGGCAGACAAUGUUGCACAGGAGAAGGCAGCUGAGGCAGAUAGUGGUUCACAGGAAGAGGUGGCUGAGGCAGACAAUGUUGCACAGGAGAAAGUAGCUGAGGCAGAUAGUGGUGCACAGGAAGAGGUAGCUGAGGCAGACAAUGUUGCACAGGAGAAGGUAACUGAGGCAGAUAGUGACGCACAGGAAGAGGUGGCUGAUGCAGACUGUGGUGCACAGGAAGAGGUGGCUGACACAGACAGUGGUGAACAGGGGGUAGCUGAGGCAGAUAGUUAUGCUAAACAAGAAAUAGCUGAGACAAACGGUAGUAGGUCGGAGAAGGUAGCUGAGGCAGAAAGUGGUGCACAGGAAAAGGUGGCUGAGGCAGACAGUGAUGCACAGGAGGUGUCUGACGCAGAUAGUGGUGCUCAGGAGAAGGAAGCUGAGGCAGAUAGGGGUGCUGAAGAAGUUACUGAGGUAGAUGGUGUUGAUCAGAAAGAUGGAGCAGAAGAGAGUAGUGAACAUAAGGAGGACAAUGAGGUAGGUGCUGCGGCUCUGGUAGGUCGAGAGCGCACUCAGGAAGACGGUGCUUCCAAAGGAGAAGUUGCAGCUCAGGUGAGUAACACUGAGAGAGAGGAAUUUGAAGGAAGCAGUAAACAGGAAGUGGAGACUGGAGGAGGUGGCAGCAACGCGACACAGGAAGGUGACUCUCUGGAAGAUGGCACAACGCAAGAGGUACCUCAAGACGAGAAUGUCACUCGGGACGAGGUGACGGAGAGCGAAAGUGCAGCUGCCAAGGAGGACAGCAAUGAGCAAGAGGUGGUGGCUGUGAUGGAAUCCGCCGCCACCUCUGAUGAUCAGAAGGUGGAAGAAGUACAAACUGAUUCUGAUGCUGUAACGAUGGAAGAGAAAGCUAAGGACGCGUCAGACGAUCAGUCAGGAGAGGGAAAGGGAGAAACUCCCCCAGAGGGAGGCGGGAAGGCAUUAUCAGAAGAGGGGAGAGACAGUACAAAAACCGAGGCCAGCUAGAGGCACCCAGACAACAGCU